AUGGAGAUCGCCACGGUGCUGCUGCAGUACGGAGCGGACACCAACAUCCUGACCAAGCAGGGGGUCACCCCGCUGCACCUGGCCUCUCAGGAGGGCCACGCCCACAUGGCUGCCCUGCUCAUCAGCAAGGGGGGGCAGGGCAACGUGCAGACUAAGAGCGGCCUGACGGCCCUCCAUCUGGCCGCCCAGGAGGACAGAGUGUCUGUUGCAGAGCUCCUGGCCAGAAACGGAGCCAACCUCGACCAGCAGACCAAAUUGGGAUAUACCCCGCUAAUUGUAGCAUGUCACUAUGGUAACGCAAAGAUGGUCAACUUCCUGCUUCAGAAUGGAGCCAGUGUCAACGCCAAGACCAAGAAUGGAUACACUCCCCUCCACCAGGCCGCCCAGCAGGGGAACACACACAUCAUUAAUGUGCUGCUGCAAGGUGGAGCCAAGCCAAACGCCAUCACAGUUACGGUGACGGAGAAACACAAGCUGAACGUUCCGGAGACCAUGACUGAAGUGCUGGAUGUGUCCGAUGAAGAGGGUGAUGACACGAUGACAGGUGACGGGGGGGAGUACCUGAGGGCGGAGGACCUCAGGGAGCUGGGAGACGACUCCCUGCCAGGACAGUACCUGGAUGGGAUGAACUACCUCCGCUUCAGCCUGGAGGGGGGGCGCACUGACAGUCGAAUGCAAAGUUCUGACAGGUCCUUCACACCCACACACCACAGCUACUACUCGCCUAAACAUGAAAGCAUGAUGGACGAGAUGCUGACCUGUCACCAGGUUUCGACACUAGCUAGGACGAAUGAGAGCGACUCGUAUCGUCUGAGUUGGGGCACAGAGAACCUGGACAACGUGGCUCUGUCGUCCAGCCCCGUCCACUCUGGCCGUUCCUCCCCGUGCCAUGAACAUGGAGACCACUGCAGCUUCCUGGUCAGCUUCAUGGUGGACGCCAGGGGCGGAGCCAUGCGCGGUUGCCGGCACAACGGCCUACGCAUCAUCAUCCCGCCCAGGAAGUGCAGCGCGCCCACACGGGUGACCUGUCGGCUGGUCAAGAGGCACCGCCUGGCCACCAUGCCCCCCAUGGUGGAGGGCGACGGCCUGGCCAGCAGGAUCAUUGAGGUGGGACCCUCUGGAGCCCAGUUCCUCGGUAAACUGCACCUCCCAAAUGCCCCCCCGCCUCUAAAUGAGGGAGAGAGUUUGGUUAGCAGAAUCCUCCAGCUCGGCCCACCUGGGACCAAAUUCCUCGGGCCUGUGAUUGUGGAGAUCCCCCACUUUGCUGCCCUGCGGGGGAAAGAGAGGGAGCUGGUGAUUCUGAGGAGUGAGACAGGAGAGAGCUGGAAGGAGCAUCACUGUGAACACACCCAAGAGGAACUCAACCAAAUACUUAACGGCAUGGACGAGGAGCUCGACACACCGGAGGAACUGGAGAAGAAGCGCCUUUGCCGAAUCAUCACUAGAGAUUUCCCACAAUACUUUGCAGUGGUUUCACGUAUAAAGCAAGAUAGCAACCUGAUUGGUCCUGAAGGAGGAGUCCUCAGCAGCACUGUUGUGCCACAAGUACAGGCAGUGUUUCCUGAGGGGGCCCUCACCAAGAGGAUCAGGGUUGGACUGCAGGCCCAGCCAGUCAAUGUGGAUGUAGUGAAGAAGAUCCUGGGAAACAAGGCCAGCUUCAGCCCCAUCGUCACCCUGGAGCCUCGCAGGAGAAAGUUCCAUAAACCCAUAACCAUGACCAUCCCUGUUCCCAAGAACAACUCUGACAUGGUUCUCAAUGGCUUUGGAGGGGACACCCCCACCUUACGGCUGCUCUGUAGUAUCACAGGUGGAACGACGCCUGCUCAAUGGGAGGACAUAACAGGAACUACUCCGCUAACAUUCAUCAAUGACUGUGUCUCCUUCACCACCAAUGUGUCUGCAAGAUUCUGGCUGAUAGACUGUCGGCAAGUGCAGGAAUCUGUUAAUUUCUCCACUCAGGUGUACCGAGAGAUCAUUUGUGUACCGUACAUGGCCAAGUUUGUCAUCUUUGCAAAGACGCAUGAUCCCAUUGAAGCCCGACUGCGGUGCUUCUGCAUGACAGAUGACAAGAUUGACAAAACUCUGGAGCAGCAGGAGAACUUCAUCGAGGUGGCACGCAGCCGAGAUGUUGAGGUCCUGGAAGGCAAACCUAUCUAUGCAGACUGCUUUGGAAACCUUGUUCCACUCACCAAAAGUGGCCAGCACCAUCUCUUUAGCUUCUAUGCCUUUAAGGAGAACAGACUAGCACUCUUUAUCAAAAUCAGAGACAACACUCAGGAGCCCUGUGGACGUCUGUCCUUUAUGAAAGAACCCAGGAACUACAGGGCACUCACCCAAAAUGCCAUAUGCCACCUCAACAUCACCCUUCCAUCAUACUGCAAGGAUUCCGAUUCAGAUCAAGAGCAAGAGGAAGAGACCAGCAGAACGCUUGAGAAAUAUGAAGAGACGCCGACAUCAGCCCUGAAAUCAGAGCUGAUUCGAGAACCAGACCUUCUAUCCGACGUGUCAGAGAUGAAACAAGAUUUGAUCAAAAUGACUGCCAUCUUGACUGCAGACACCACAGAGAAAUCCCCUUCCUUAGGAAGGUGUGGUGCAGAGAAAGGGACUGAGGAUGUUUCCGGAGAGCCAUUAGAAAUAAUGGAGAAGGACUUAGAGAAAGUCAAAGAGGACCUAGAGAAAGUCAGUGAGAUACUCAGGAGUGGAACCUAUAAGGGUGAGGCAGCUGAAGAGACAGCAAAAGCAGCUAGAAUGUCAGAGGAGUGGGUUCUCCUAUCAGAGAGUGAGAUAAAGGAGGCCAUGAAGAUGGCAGCCUUGGAAACUCAAGAGCCUAUCUUACGUGAAAGUAGAGCCAACCGAGGGGCUCCCAGACCAAAAGCAAUAAAGGACAGUGGUGACCUUAAAGAAUACCUCCUGGAUGGAUCAGUGGGCUCCAAACUAAAAGUCAAAAAAGAGCCAGCUGUCCAAGAAAAAUUCACUGAAGUUGUCCCAAGCAAAAGUGCUAAACCAACUACUCCAACCAAAGGUCAGGACAAAACAGCUGCUGGCGAUGUUAAGAAGCCAGUCAGGAGGAAGGGAAAAGAUCAGGGGCAGGCAGAGGAAUCCACAGAGGCAGGUGCUCUUCUAAGUGUGCCUACAGCUCCUGCCCCAGCAUCACCUGUCUCUCCAGUGAUUGAAGAAACACCCAUUGGGUCAAUAAAGGAUAAGGUCAAAGCCUUACAAAAGAAAGUAGAAGCAGAGCAAAAGGGUAAAAAGGUCACUGGGAGCAAGUCUUCACAAUUGCCUGUUGCGCGCAAGCCUUCUCCAAAAGCCAAAGAAAGCCCUAAAUUGAAACAGGGCCCCCCUAAAUCCCCCAAAACUGAGUCUGAAAAACUUGAGGAGACAAUGUCAGUCAAAGAGCUGAUGCAAGCAUUCCAAACAGGGCAGGACCCCUCAAAGACAAAGUCUGGGCUAUUUGAGCUCAAAACAUCCACAAUGUCAAGAUCAAAGAAAUCCACCAAAUCAGAUACCAUCCAGUCAAAAUCCAUGACCAAAGCAAUAAGUUCAUGUGUCUCUCAAGAACGAGAAUUAUCUUUGGAUUCCAAACCUCGCAAGAAACAGACCCCUCAGCAAGACAAAGAGAUGAAACAUAAGUCAGUUGCUGUCGUUCAUUCAGAUCUAACUGAAACUACAGACUUUAGAAAUGGUGGCCUUGAUGAUAGCUCUGACAGCUCAAAACGUGAGGCUGUGGCAGACUCACUAAGUGCCAAUUCUGGAGAUGGAACCCCUCAUCUGAGCUCUGAGGACAGUUUGAAACAUGAGGGUCUUGCCACUCCAGACACUAGCCCAGAUAGUCUUUCUCCCAAAAUUGGACAGCAGACCUCUACAUCUUCAGCAGUAACUGCUACAACAUUCAAAAAAGAAAGCAAAGACACAGAGAAUCCUGGCAACUCUGGUGUAGAGACCACUGGUGACCAACUGUCUACAGAAUUGACUCUCCCUGUUGCUUCCAAAGAUGCUGCAGAUGAUCACGCUAAAAGUGAGUCCUUUUCUGUUAAAAGCAGUGAUUCUAAGCCACCUAACCCUCAAAAACGUACAAAGAGAAUUUCAGAGACUGUAGAAACGUUUCUUAGUGAUGACGAGAGCCCUGAUCAUCAGCUAACAUUACCUUUAGUUGGUUAUCCAGCCUCUAGAUCCUCUUCACAGCGUCAUGACAGCUUAGAGUUGCCUUUAAAACAAGACUCAGAUACUCUUAGUCCAUUUGCCGAUGACUCCUUAUCAAUAAGCCACAGAGACUCUCUAGAUGGUAGUCCUCUCAUGGAAGAAAACUCCUCCCAUAAGUCCCCAGAUUCUAUUGAGCCUAGCCCGACCAAGGAGUCACCCCCUCAUGACUCUUUAGAGAGUAGCCCUGUAGAGCAAAAAAGCCACCCAUCUUUCCCAUCAUCUCUAGGUCUGCCUAGUAACUCUUCUAGACAUCCAGGUCCCUCCAAAGCUACAGAAUUCCCCCAAGAUGCUUUGUGUGGUAGGCUGCUUCGAGACCAAGAGGCUAGUGCUGACGAUGAAUGUUGUGAGCAGACAUCUCAGAUGACAAGUUCUGCAGGUUUGCAUGAUGGAUCCCACAACAAAGAGGUCAUGAAAACAAGAACAACAGCCACUGUCAUUUCAGAGGGACCUCACUCUGUCUCAGACCAGCAUCACUCAGGAAUAAAACUGGAAACUGCACAGGAACAAAUAGUUUCACCGUCUGCAAAAGUUGAUACAGACAGUAUUUCCAAAAAGGCCUCUGCCACACCACAUGUUGAAAACAGGACUGAUGAGCAAAAGGAAGAGUGCUUAAGGAAGUCAAAAGACAACAGCGAAGAUGAUAAGCUUGGUCAAGAGUUAGGGGUUUCUCAGCCACAGACUGGUACGCUAAAACAUGUCAAAAAUGUAACAGAUGAAGUGAAAGGAGAUCAAAAAGAGCAACCAGGAGUGCCAGAGGCUGGUGCCUCAGGUGAAAUAAAGGACAUGUUUAUACAGGAGGUCUGUGUAUAUGAUGACACAGAGGAUGAUGAAACACUAGAACCUCCCAGAACUGAGUCAAAAGGUGUCACUGCAAGGGUAGAAACGGACUCAUGGUCUGCCAUGCGGGAGGAUGAUGAUACCUUUGCAGCUCGCGUCAAGGAGGAGGAACAGAAAAUACUGAAUCUGGUUGUGGACCGCCAGUCUCUGCAAGCAACUCCAGACACAACACCUGGUAGGACACCAACAGAAGAGAGCACUCCUACCAGUGAGCCAAACCCUUUUCUUUUUCAAGAAGGGAAGCUUUUUGAAAUGACCCGAAGUGGCGCUAUUGACAUGACGAAGAGGAGCUAUGAGGAAGAAGGAGGUGGUUUUGCCUUUUUCCAGAUAGGUGAUCAGCCUUUAGAUGAGCCUCUCGUAGAAGAGGCCAGGCAGGAAAGUAUGAGAUCAGCAACAGAAGAUGAAGUUGGCCUCAAUCUAACAAUAGAGGUUAAGAGUGAAGAGACUAAGACAUCAAAAGAGGAAACUGAUUCUCAGCUUCAGUCCCCACCUGAGGGUGAUCAGCCAGCCUCUAAAGCUGAUCCCACCAAAUCUAAAAUCCCUGAAAUGAGCCUUUCUGCUUCAUCCAAAACUGCAAAGAAAGAUCAGACAUCACCUGAAGGUCUAGAGACUAAAACAGACAAAAAUGUGAAUGAAGGAUACUUAGAUUUAGAAAAACAGUCCACUGACCAAAUGAUAACAACUGUACAGACAGCAGAAACAACAGUCACUAGAUCAGUUUACUCUGAGCAGGGCGAAGAGUCUUCUGAUUCCUCUCCAGAAGAACCACAGUCAGUGAUAGAAGCACCCACACCAACAGACAAAACCAAACAAAUUGCUUCCUGUGGUGUUAAAAAGAUUCCAGUCAAAACACCAUCUAAGUCUACUUCUCAAGGUCGGGGUAAAUCCACAAUUCCCUCUCCACCUCAAGCAACCUCCUCUUCAACCACUCUUAAUAAAGAAGCCUCCUUCAUUUCUGAACCUAAAUCUAGAAUUCCCAUUAAGUCUAGCACUCCCAAGCCUGAUUCUCCUGCCAAAACUGCUCUAUCUACCCAAGACAAAAAGCUUAAGGUCCCUGUAAAAAAGGAUUCAAGGAGAAAAUCUGAGACAGAUGCAGGUCCCUCUUUGGACAUCAAAACCAAGACACCAUCUUUCAAAGCCAAGAGCUUCUGUGAGGCGGAGUCUACCACACCAUCUGCCAAGAAAGAACAAGGUCGCCCAUUGAGUGCUGAUUUAGCUAAAUCUAAAGGUUUCCAGUCCAGAUUGCCAGUCCGAGGCAAAAGUGGUCAAUCAACUCAUUCAUCAACAACCAUGAAAGAGAAAAGUGAGCAACAAAAACAGUCCAUUGAUUUCUCUGAGGAGAUAAGCGAUGAGGCAGCCAAACUGGUGGCAAGGUUGGCACAGGCAGAGACAGAGAAAGAACAAGAGGCUGCAGCUGCCAACUCAGAUGAUGAGAGCAGUCUCAUUGAUCCAUCACUCAUAGAGAGAGAUACUUUCCCUGAGAUGCAGUUCCCUCCCUCAGGAGACGUCUUUCCCAUUAGACCACUGUGGGAUGACCCUUCUGAGACACAGAUGCAGCGAAUCCCAGAUGAUAAAGUCCAAAGUCAAGUAGAUCCACAGGAUGAAGAAGAGAGAAAAGAGCAACGGUUGGCCAUUAUAGCCGACCACCUGGGCUUCAGCUGGACUGAAUUGGCUCGGGAACUGGACUUCAGUGAGGAGAGGAUCAACCUGAUUAGAGUUGAAAACCCUAACUCACUGCAAGAUCAAAGCCAUGCCCUUUUGGAACUCUGGGCAGAAAGGGAAGGACAACAUUCCACAGAAACAACACUGAUCAAAAGAUUGACUAAGAUCAAUCGAAUGGACAUUGUUCACCUCAUCGAAACCAAGAUACUCAAGUCCACUGAGGACGACACAUCCUCACAUACCUAUGCAGAAAUAGAGCGGACCAUAGCAUUGGAUCAUAGUGAAGGUUUCUCUGCCCUUCAUGAGGACAUUGACAGCCCCAGGCCCGGCAGGCGUACAGAGGCUUCACGUAGGAGUCCAGGCUCGGGACAAGAGGUACCAAUGGUGACAGCAGAGGACCUGUCCUCCAGUUUGUCAUCACUACACGAAAAAAAGGCCCAUAAAGAAAAACUACAAAAAGAGAUGGAGAAAUCAUACUCAUCACAAAGAGUAUAUGAAGAAUUGACAGAUACCGUACACACAGGCUGUUUGAAACAAGCGGAUAACCUCCCAGAUAUCCCAGCACAGACCGUCACAGAGGAGAAGUACACAGACGAGCAUGGCAACAUGGUGGUUAAAAAAAUCACUCGGAAGGUUAUUCGUAAAUACGUGUCAGCGGAUGGCAUGGAGACACAGGAAGUGACCAUUGAGGGCUCUCACCAGGAGACGGUGCACAUCGAGGAGGGAGACACUGUGUCCAGAGUGGUGAAGAGGACUGUGUUACACAGUGGGGGGGAUCAGAGAGAGUUGACCUUCUCAGAGCCCCUGGCCCUGGGCGCUGCCACAUCAUCAGAGUUUGAGGUGGAGCCAGUGAAAGGUCGAAAGGUCAGCAAGGUUGUCAAGACGACGGUGGUGAGAGGCGAGAGGAUGGAGAAGCAGACGGGAGACUCCUCGCUGGCUGCUGAUCUCCCCUCCGCCAGAAAGGACUUUGAGAAGAAGCGAGAUGCGUAGGUCUCGAAUCCAGAAGAGGACUGUGGUGAGGGACUCCCAGGGAAAGCACGUGCACCUUGAGCGCCACGACGACCCCCCCGACGCCCUGCAGCCCGACGCCCUGCAGCUGCACCUGCACCGCCUGCUGCAACGCUACUGUGAGGAGGAGGAGGAGGAGGAGGAGGAGGAGGAGGAAUGGUUUGAAUAGCAGCUGCUGAUCUUCCUCUGUGGCUCCGCCUCCUCAGAUCCAGAUGUUCUGUCCCUUCUCGUUGUCCUCGCCGAUCACUGGAUUAUAGCUUUCCUUCUUCUUUGUGUUGAAUAAUGGAACAGUAUUUUGUGAUUCAACACUCGUCCUUCCUUCACAUUGUGUUUCAUUUGUGACCAAAGAUGGCACCCUUCAUUUCUGUCAGACUUGAGUUUUCCCUCUCGGGCUGCGGGAGUGUGAUCCGGUAUGACCCGCCACCAGUGGAUCAAACUCAGAGAGGGGCAUCUCGGACGUUUUGGCCUCACGCACAGCCCUCUUCUUGAAGAACUCUUGUAAACAUAUGUACAUAGAGGAGAAAAUCAUGCUUGAACUUAGGGGGGUGGGGAGAGAAGAAAUCUCAAAGCAUUUAAUACAUUAGCCCACCCUGCUGUACAUGCACCGACUCAGCGGGAGAAUGGCCGCCGGACAGAUGAGAUUCAUGUUAAAGAGAAUACAUUGUGGUGUGAGUGUGUGUCACCCUGCUGAUCUGUUUACUAAGGCUGUGUGAUCACACCUUUUGUCUUCCCAUCAUGCAUCUCUUUAGUUUAACAUGUCAGUCUUUCUAUAUUGUGUUGUGCAUUUGCAUUUGAUCUGUCACAGAGCUGCCACUUCUGUGUGUAAAUACAGUUUGUGUAUUGAGAGAAAGUAGAGAUGGAGCACCCCCCCCCUCUAUAUGUGUCACCUCCACCUUCACAUACAAUGUCCAAGGACAAGGCUGGAUCAUGUUUCUUCCUGUCAACAACUCUCAUGAGCAGAGCCACCAACAACGACCUCCCCUCCUCACAGGAAGUGUUAGUAUCAAACCCGAUCCUCCUCUGUGCUGAAGGGUUCCAUUUUUGUCAAAAGUGAGUUAAAUGACUUUAAGGGCUUCUCUGCCAGUAAAAGUGAUUUAAUAGUUUCAUUUUGAGAGGCAGACUUUACAAAUCUGAAUUGGACCAUUUUAAUCCGGCCAUGUCAAACAUCAUUUCAACUGGGAAGAUGUCCCACUGACUGUUUCACGUGAGCUUUAAUAACAACCUUUCCCCCAAAAACAUUCAGGCAUGAAUAUUUGUACAAAUGAUGAGGCGUUUUCAUUAUAAUAUUAUUCGAUAAUAAAACAAAUGCUCUGUCAUCCAAAAGUGACAUCGCUGGCGUCGGAGAAGGAGGACAUCACAUUAAACAAAAUGUUUUCUUUGCUUCCUGAUUUUCUCAGUAAGUAGAAGAUGAGAGGAGCUGGACUGACCACUGGGAUGUAUACUAAGGCUGCGUAUACUCUCCUGAGUCCAGAGAAACUACAGCAGAUCAGCUGUUUGAGGAAUUUACAGAAUGAAACUAUAUCUGUGAGACAUUUUUUUAAUAUUUACAUCUUCACUGUGUUUGGGGCCAAGAGACAGAGACAGGGUAGAAAGACAGACGGAUCUAGAGAGGGACUAACAUGUUGUUGCUUUGGGUCUUUUCAUGUGGUUUGUUGACAAUAAUACUAAUAACUCCAGACUUAUGCUUUAUGUUUUUAGGAACCACACCUAACAUAAAUAUGCUUUUCCUUAACUGCUGUUAUUGGUUUGACUUUGUGUUUUCACUGCUAUCAAAGGAUUAACACAUCAAAUUCAAAUCCAACAAAGUCCUUCCACUGACUUCAGUCAUCGUACUUCCUUAUUUAUUUAUUGCCGUCCAUUUGUGAUCCCUGUAACCUCCUGUGUGUGUGUGUGUGUGUGUGUGUGUGUGUGUGUGUGUGUGUUUUAAAGCUCAAAGUAAUGAAGAUGCCAUGGUAGACAAACAGGCUGUGGUGUGCAUCUGUUUGCCCUGUACAGGCUGAUGAAGUGUGUUCGGUGUUUAUCUGCAGCUGAGACUUUAUCUGUGUACCAAUACGAUCCUCACGUGCUACUCUGUGUGUGUGACCCGAUGGAAGAAUAAAAGAAAAGUCAAUAACCGACCAUUGAUUUGAUAAAUGAGCAUCUUGUUUCCAUGGUGAAAAGAAUAUAUACAGUACAUUCAAAUAUCUAUGCGGGCAUGUAUGACUAUCAAAUAAUUACUAAAAACCUGAAAUGCUAAGAAGGCAUAGCAGCUGCAGUGUGUACAUGGCAGAAAAAUAAAUAUGUACAUUCGUCUAA